AUGACCCUGAUGACAGUUCGGACAAUUACGGGAAACAUCUACUACGCACGGUCAGGAACAAAAAUUGUUGGGAAGGUUCAUGAAAAGUUCACAUUAAUUGAUGGCAUUCGAGUGGCAACAGGGUCUUACAGUUUUACAUGGACGGAUGGCAAGUUAAAUAGCAGUAACUUGGUAAUCCUUUCCGGCCAAGUGGUUGAACACUUUGAUUUGGAGUUCCGAAUCCUUUAUGCACAGUCAAAGCCCAUCAGCUCCAAACUCCUGUCCAACUUCCGGAUCAGCAGCAAAUUUGACCAUCUAGUUGACCAAAAGCCACCAUCCAAGGAACUCACACUGGGCAACCUGCUGAGGCUGCGGCUGGCCAGACUGUCGAGUACUCCCAAGAAGCCUGACUUGGAACCAGUGGUGUCCACCGAGGGCAGGGUGGAGACCAAGCACCACGACUCUGUGUCCUCUACCAUCAGUGACGAAGACUACCUAAACAGCCAUAAGGACGAACUCGAGAGCAGAAAGGCAACUGAUGUUGCCACCCAAACAGAGCCAGGAGAAGAGCUCCCAACAGUGCAUGUAAGUGACAUGGGGACACAGACCAGGGUCAGCACAGCGUGCUCUGGGACCCAAACCACUGUCGCCACCAGGGUAGCCAGCUCUCAGACCGUGAUUUGGUCCAAGUCAACCACCACCCAGACAGAUGUGGAUGAGAGUAUCCUCCUUUCUCAGGGAGUGCAGUCUAAGGAAGGGUCACCAGUGUCAAAAAUGUCUGUGUCAAGAUCAUCCAGUCUGAGGUCUUCCUCAUCUUUGUCUUCCCAAGGCUCGGUGGCAAGCUCCAUUGGCUCCCAGACAUCCAUGAGAGCCACUGACUUCCACAACCCUGGCUACCCAAAGUACCUGGGCACCCCCCAGUUAGAUCUGUGCCUAAGAGACUCGUUCAGAAACUUGAAUAAAGAGAGACAGCUUCACUUUGCUGGGAUCCGGUCCCGGCUCAACCACAUGCUGGCCAUGCUCUCCAGAAGAACAUUCUUUACAGAAAACUACCUCGGCUUUUCUUCAGGACCCUUUAACAGAUCACCAGUUAACUUGCUUACUAUCCGAGACAUAGCCCUUUACCCCUCCUAUCAGUGA